CGGGCCCGCCGCCGCUCCCGCUCCCGCUCCGGCUCCCGCUCCGGCUCCCGCUCCCGCCGUGGCCGCCGUGCUGCCGGCGGGGGGCAGCGGGGAGAGGAUGGGCGUCCCCACCCCGAAGCAGUUCUGCCCCGUCCUGGAGCGGCCGCUCAUCAGCUACACCCUGCAGGCCCUGGAGAGCGUAUGUUGGAUAAAGGACAUUGUUGUGGCAGUCACUGGAGAGAACAUGGAAGCAAUGAAGGGUAUCAUUCAGAAGUACCAGCAUCAGCGCAUCUCCCUGGUUGCAGCUGGAGUGACCCGCCACAGGUCAAUUUUCAAUGGACUAAAAGCCCUAGCAGAAGACCAGCCUGACUCUAAGCUCUCUAAGCCAGAAGUUGUGAUAAUUCAUGAUGCUGUGAGACCCUUUGUUGAGGAAGAUGUUCUUCUUAAAGUUGUCACAGCUGCUAAGGAACAUGGGGCAGCAGGAGCAAUUCGACCUCUUGUAUCUACUGUGAUCAGUCCAUCUGCUGAUGGUUGCUUAGACCAUUCACUUGAUCGUGCCAGACACAGAGCAAGUGAAAUGCCACAGGCUUUUCUAUUUGAUGUGAUCUAUGAAGCAUAUCAGCAGGGCAACACUGUAUCUCAUGAGUGUAGUGACUACGACUUGGAAUUUGGAACUGAGUGUUUGCAAUUGGCUUUAAAGUAUGGCCAUGUUCAUGCCAAACUUGUGGAAGGAUCGCCUGACCUCUGGAAGGUGACCUACAAACGAGAUCUGUAUGCAGCUGAAUCGAUUAUUAAGGAAAGAAUUUCACAACACAUUUGCAUAGUUAUGGACACAAAAGAUGAGAAUCAUGUGGGACAUCAUCUUGAAGAAAUACUAAAAAAUGAACUAAACCAUGUAAAAGUCACGUCUGGAGCUCUGUGUCCUGCUGGCAGAGAUCUUGAGCAAAUCAUCUUAGAGCAAUGCUACAGUUAUGUAUGUGUGAAUGUUAUGUCCCCUGAUUUUGAGAAAACCAGGAGAUUACUGAAUAUGCUUGAAGAGAGUAAUCUUUCCAUUUUAUAUCCUGUUGUUGUUAUUUCAGUAUAUUUUCUUGAUUAUAAAUCAGUACCUUUUGAUCAGAAAAUGGAAAACCUAAUGCAAAUUAAGGAAUAUGCAAAGGAAGUGAAAAAAAGAAAUAUUUUAUUAUGUGGUCUUCUUAUAUAUUACCCACAGGUUUUCUGCUCUGGAAAAACAAUGCAACUAUUGAUGGAGGAGCAGAACCUACAGGCAAGUUUAAGGCAAGGCGCCACAAUUAUUGCCACCUUAAUCAAAGAAAGAAAUUCUGGACUUGUUGGUCAGCUACUGGUAGCAUGAAGAACACAGAGAAAAUUAUGUAUGGGGUUUUUAGAAGCAUUUAUUUAGGUAUCUCCAUUGUGCUUCCCUCCCUAUUGUAUGUGGUAGAAUGUUUAGGUUGUCUUUUAUGUCACAUAAUUUGUAGGAUAUGAUUUUUGGGUUACAGGAAUGGAUCAGUGUUUUUAAUCUGUGAAAAAAAUACUUUGGUGCAAAUAUAAAUUAUCUCAGUCAGAAAAUAGGUAAAUGGAAAGUAAUAACAUUCAGGUAAUCUUUCUGCAAAGGGAAGAAAAAUCAAAUAGAAAUCAUGAUGGGUGAGCUAAUCUUCCUAUGAAUAAGAAUUUAGAAUACUUCGGCUAUGACAUUAUAUCUGUGUUAAUUAGUAAAUCACACCAUCAUGAAACUAGUAAAAAAAAAAGAUUUAGAAUUAUUUUUAAUUCUAAAACUCUCCUUUUAUCAAGUGCUAUUUUGACUUGUAUUCUAAUUUUCCACACCUUAAAAAAAUAAUAAAAGAGAUAACUGGAAA